AUGUCAUACUACUUCACUAUCAUCGGCACCAGAGACAAUCCGCUCUUUGAGCAUGAGUUCGGUACCUCCAAGGCUGGCGGAGACGGCAUUGCUCGCUUUCGCGAUGAGGCCAGGCACAUGAAUCAAUUCAUUGUCCAUAGCAGUCUCGACAUCGUCGAAGAAGUUCAGUGGGGAAACAAUGGACUCUACCUCAAGAAUGUUGACCGAUUCCAAAAUAACCACAUCCACUGCUUCAUAACUGGUGGAAAUGUCAAGUUCAUGUUGCUUAUGAACCCGGAUCCUACUUCUACAACUUACUCCACAUACCCGGCUGCUGCACCGCAAAGACAACAUCCCUCGGUCACGGCUAGGCAAAGUACACUUCUGGCAAAUAACCCGACCGGUGCGCAGACCGAGGAAGCCGUCAGACAAUUCAUGACCGACGUCUAUGAGGCUUGGAUCAAGUGUAUCAUGAACCCUUUCUACAUUGUCAACGGUCCGGUCACGAGCCCGGUGUUCAGGAGUCGCGUUGCGGCUGCUGCGAAGAAGUCUCUCUGA